AACUGAGAAAAGGAAGUGAAACUUACACACAACCAAACUCCCGGAGCACGAACAAAGAAACUUUGCUCUAACUGUGUUCAUCACAGUGAAUGUCAUCAUUAGAUUGAUUUGUCUUAAAUACAAUGGAGAGCAGGGUAAACCUACAGGAGUUACUGUCAGAGUAUGUUGUGGACACCUUCGGCUACAUUCAGACAGUAAGAGACUUCUGCGACAAAGCAGAAAAAUGGACCCUUCAGAGAAAGACAGAGCUAUAGAUGAUGAGAGACAUCAAGGAUCAAGCAGACAAAAUCAUUCUUAAGUUUGAUCAUGUUAAGAAGUCAAAGAACAAAGGCAAGGCUUUUGGGCAGUACCUGAAGAGUGGUUUAACUCAAAUCACAGCUGACUCCAGACGAUAGAAACUGGAGAAGAGUCUGAGUGCUGUCCUGAAAGACACGUUUGAUGGGCUGGAGAAACUUGAGCACUUCCUGGAUGCAGUGGAGAAACUUGCAGUUACCUCGCUGUUUGUCUUCACUCACUUCACUGCAAGUUUCCUACCGAAGGGGGAGAGUCCUGAAAGUGUGCGAUUGGUCAUCACAGCUGCCAGAAUGGCCUCUCCUCUCCUCAUCCACUUUAAACGAAAUGAUGAAACAUUCUUUCUUCCAAUUCUCAAUAAUGUGGAUGUCCUGGCCUUUCAGCUAGACAAAUACAUACAGAUUACACAACUGCUUUGUGAGAGAAUGGAUAAAAGAUGGAUAAAGGAUGAUCCUUUACAGUAUAGUCUGAAUGUAAAGAGUUCCAAGAAAAAAAUGCUUAAUCGUUUGAACCAGUUGAAAAAAAUCAGAAUGGACCAGAACACCAGGUUGAUGUUCCUUUUUCAGGAGAAUGCUUUAAACUUCAUUGGUUUCUUCGGGCAGCGUCGCUCUAGGAUGGAACAGUUCCUAUCAGAUCUGGAGAAAAGUGCAGUUCAGCUGGACAGGAUGAAGUUCGGGGCCAAUAUCUCCACUGUAGCUGGUAGUUCAGUGGGUGUAGCAGGGGGUGUCUUGUCUAUUGUUGGCCUCGCUCUUGCUCCUGUCACUGCAGGGGUGUCUCUGGCUCUCACUUUGACAGGGGUUGGUCUGGGAGUGACCAGUGGUGUCAAUAGUUUGGUCACAGGUAUCACUGAAACAGCGGUCAACAUUCACCACGGUAAAAAUUCACAAAGCAUUUUCCAGAGAUACAUGAAAGAUGUGAAAAAGAUUCAAGGCCGUUUGGAGAAGGCCAGUUUGGAACGUGUACAGAUCCCUGAUAUGAUCAGAGCUGGGAGGUUAAUUCUCCAUGCUAGAAUAGUGAUCAAAGGUAAUGAUGCCCUGGCGGAAAAGCGAAACCACCUGGUGGUUAAAGUGCAAAAGCGAAAAGGAACACGGAGUGCCAAGUGGCCUAAAGUGGUCGAAAUGGUCACAGCUGGGAAGACGGUGGCACCUCUUGUAGGAGUGGGCAAAGGUAUUGAUGUCCUGGUAGAUGCAGCUUCAGCUGUUAAAGUCCUUCAAAGUGAGGAAGUGAUUGCCACUGCAACCAAGAUAGGGCUACAGGAGGCACAAAGUGCUCGUAGUAUUCCCAAACUGGCUGCAGACUUGCCUGACAUUGGGCAGCUGGCAAAAGGGACACCCCUUGCACUCUCAAACUCAGCAAGAGCUGGAUUUAUCACUGCAAACGCCCUGUUUAUUGGCUUUGAUAUCUUUUUUAUUUGCAAAGACAGCAUAAGUCUGGCAAAAGGCAGCAAGAGUGAGAAAGCACAGCUCAUCCGGUCGAGAGCAGCUCUGUGGAAGUCUGAGCUGGAGGCCUGGAAACAGAUUUAUGAUUCCUUAUGCAUAGGAAAACUGAGAUUUAGGAGGAGCCAAAAAUUGUUGGAGCAACCCCUUUUCCCUUAGAUAUAGUAAUGAGUCUACAGGAAAAGGAUUUAUGUAAACGUUAACCGAUAGAAUAUGUGUACCUUACAUCGUUUAUUUGUGUACCCAUGACAAAGAACUGUCAGACCAAUGUACUUUAAGUCUGAGGAAUGGCUAAGUACAGCUAUACAGUGUUUUGAUUUACCUGUUGCCAAUUUAGUUGUAAACAUAAUCAUAUAAACAUUUAAAUGCCAAGGCACAGCUUGCUCUGUUCAUUUUUUUACUUUUGGGGGUAGACUACUAUGACUUUUUAAUGUAUAAUCAGAUAUAGUCUAGUAUCAGAGAUUCUGAAUUUUAUAUGUAAUAACAAUUUACUCUUUGUGGUGUAUGUGGUGUAUAUUGGGGGUCAUGAAUGCCAUGUGUCAUUACUGAGUUUCUCCAGAUGGCUUGUUAUUGAUGUCAAUUCAUUAAAUAAACUGCUUUAAAACUUA